AUGCAUCCGCCUCUAGCAGAUCACCAGCAGGGCUCCUGCACCGAGGUUAUGCAGGCCCUCAAGCAGUGCCACGAUGCGAACCCGUGGAUGAAGUUUGCGGGCGCGUGCAACAGCCAAAAGCACGCACUGAACAUGUGCUUGCGGGAAGAGCGUCUUGAGCGGACUAGGAAGAACCAGGAGGCGGCCAAGGAAAAGCGAAAAGUGGUCGAGCAGCGGUGGAAGGAGCUCGAGGACGAGGCUUGA